GAGAGAUGCCUGGGGGUCCCGGAGUCCUCCAAGCGCUGCGUGCCACCAUCUUUCUCCUCUUCCUAAUCUCUGCUGUUGGCCUGGGCCCCGGCUGCCAGGCCCUGUGGGUGGACAGGGACCCGCCCUCGGUGACCGUGAGCCUGGGCGAAACGGUCCGCCUGCAGUGCCUGCACAACCGCAUCAGGCCCAACACCACCUUCAACGUCACCUGGUGGCGCGUCAUCCAAGGCAACGCCACCUGGCCCGACAUAUUCUGGAGUAAUAGCCAAGAGCCCUACGGUGAGCUGACCAUCCACACAGUGAACAAGAACCACACAGGCAUGUUCAGGUGCCAGGUGGAGGAGAAAGACCCCAUCACCCAAAGAGUCCUCAGCUUCCAGCAGUCCUGCGGCACCUAUCUCCGCGUGCGCGAGCGGCUCCCCAGACCCUUCCUGGACAUGGGAGAGGCCACCAAGAACAACAUCAUCACAGCCGAGGGCAUCAUCCUGCUCUUCUGCGCCGUGGUGCCUGGGACCCUGCUGCUGUUCAGGAAACGAUGGCAGAACAUGAAGUUUGGUGUGGACACCCAGGAUGACUAUGAAGAUGAAAACCUUUAUGAGGGCCUGAACCUGGAUGACUGCUCCAUGUACGAGGACAUCUCCCGAGGCCUCCAGGGCACCUACCAGGAUGUGGGCAGCCUCCACAUCGGAGAUGGGGACGUCCAGCUGGAGAAGCCGUGACCCUGUGGGCUGCUGCCGGGCAGAUGUGCUGCCAGCUCUGGUGUCCCCCCACCCCUUCCUGUUCUCUUUUCAUAAUCU